AGGCAGUAGAGCAAGACUCAAAAGUUUCUUUUCUUAUUUUGCAGCCCUUCAACGCUUCUUGAUCUACACAACCAGCACGUCACAAAUUCUUAGCACAAGUCAAACGGCUUCCUUACAAUUAUUUGGCGUCAUUAAAUAAAUCCUUCCAUUUAGCCCUCAGGUCCUACCGUCCAUCCUUUACGCCCUAUGUCAAAAAUGAGCAGGCUUUCUGGCUCCCGCGCUAAACCAAAGUGGGAAAUGGUUUCGUCCGCACUAUCCGGUCAGCGAAACCACCUCUGCUAAAGUACUGCUCGUAGAGCGAUGGUAAAAGAGGUACACCUUGCUCGACAGCAUUCAACGGAAUUUUGAUUUGCUCGACAUGACAACGACAGAAAGAAUCGAUCAUCUCGACAGCAGAUUAGGGCCUGACCCUAAAACAACGCCUACAUCAUACUGUGUCUUUCUCACUGGUGUAACUGGAUUCGUCGGCGGCACUAUCCUCUCUUGUCUCUCCAAGGCACAUCCUAAUGUUCGCGUCAAAGCUUUGAUCCGUCAGGAAGGGGAUGCCAAAGAACUUCAAUCGGUCUAUUCAAAUCUCACUCCCAUCAUCGGCGAUCUCUCUACGCUUUCUCUCCUCACAUCCACAGCAGCGGAGGCCGACUUCGUCAUCCACAUGGGAGGUGACAAUGUCCCCGCCGUGUGCGCGAUGAUAGAUGGGUUGGCAUCCCGCACGACCACUGGAUCGCCCCUGCCACGUCUCAUCAGCCUAACCGGCCCGCGCAGUCUUAUCGACCUCUCGAACCCCAUAACUGGGAAUCUCAGGGCGAGCAGCCGUCCCUGGAGCGAUGUCGUCGACGGGCAUGCAAUACUGGCCCUUCCUAAGGAUCGGAUGCACGCGGGCGCGGAUCAAACGAUCAUCGCUCACAGUGUUGCCAAAGGGGUGGGCACAAUACUAGUCUCGCCCGGUCAACUGUGGGGUAGGGGUAAGGGCCAUCUGAAGAAGGAGAGCAAUGCAGCGUUUUAUUAUAAAACGGUCAAGAGCCGUGGUCGAGCCUUUGUCAUCGGCGAUGGUACCGCAACAUGGUCGUGGACUUCCAUUGGUGAUUUGGGUGAUGCGGUCGUGUUCCUGAUGGAACAGGCACUAAUGAGUGGGAGCGAAAGACGCGGACAAGUGGGAGUCAAUCAAGACGGCUACUACUUUGUGCGCACUGGAGACUUGAGUAUGAUGGAAAGGGCGAAAGCUGUCAGUGAGCGCUUAGGUCUCGGAGUAGUAGAAAGCAUCCCGGUCGGGGCCGCAAAAGAAAUUCAUCCGUUUGGCCCUAUCAUGUGGGGUUGUGGUGAAAGAACGAGAGCUGACAAGCUGGCUAAGUUGGGUUGGAGGCCGAAAGACGCUGAUUGGAGGGUUUUGAUGGAAGAAGAAGGGGGAGAGAGGGCAUAAGGGUAGUAGCAAGACGAGAAUAGUAGUAUCUCUAAUUUACCGUCUAAGUGGGUAGUAGAGUGUUUGUGGUAUCCGGUGCUCCUUACUACGCCUGGGCUAAGAUAGACAAAGCGAGCACAUAGACUUAUAGGUCUGUGCAAUAACAAAUUCAAGAUGCGUACGAAUAACCAGAAGGCGAUUCUGCACGCUGCUGUAUCUCUGCGUGUACUUUCCCAUGUGACCUUAACAAAGAGAUAGGGACAAAGAUCUAAAACAGCUCUAUCUCGUUCUAGAUGCAUUCUCCUUUAAGCCUAACGAUACGAGUCACAUACCAGAAAAACGAUGUCAUCAGCUUCUAGCAGAGAUUCUGAGAGCCAAAAAACCGAAAGUGGUUAUCCAAUGCUACAGGGACGAAUACAGAG